AUGGGCUGCGGAGCAUCAGGCGGCAAGUCGGGCGAGGCGGAGCCCGCAAAGGAGGAGGUGAAGGCUCCGGCGCUGAAGGUGGAUCCAGCGAAGUUCAAAAGUGCCUUCAAGAAAGGCGGUUUCCAGGGAGGUUCCGGCUCGAUGGCAUGGCUGUCAGAUACUCAGCUCCUCUUCAUCUCGAGCGACUCUUUGCUUGAGGUCUUGGACGUGGCCACCAUGACAGCCACCGCACUGGAAUCGGGCUACCACUCUGUCGUAGCCAGCGCUGACGGAAAAAUGUAUGCCCUCACCAAAGGACCAGAGGUCGUCAUCAAGAAGGCGGACCACAGUGAUGUGGCGACCAUCGCCACCCAAUUCGAGGCGGUGGGGGCCGUGGCCUUCAGCCCGGACGGGAAGCAUCUGGCGGUGAACGCGGGGUACAAGGGAAAGAUUGUGAAGAUCUUCGCCAUGGACGGCGCGGAAGUGGGGAAGGUGGAAGGAGAGAAAGAUGGCUUGGACUUGCCGUACUGGUACGACAACGAGACCUUGUUCAUGGCCAGCGCUUGGAUGCUGUAUGCCUAUAGCCUCGCAAAGAAGAGCCAAGUCAAGUGGGAGCUUCCCACGGGCUCCUUCAAUGGUACUUCAUUCACCAUCCUGAAGAGCAAGAAGAUCGUGACCGGAAACGACAAAGGCACCGCUCACUUCCUGACCUGGGACGGGACGACCUUUGCCGUGGAGAAGGAUGUCAAGUUUCACCCGCACAGCGGGCCAGGGAACUUGCAGGUCUUCCCGGAUGAGCAGACGGUACUCUACGAGAAGGAGGGCGGGGGCCAUUUCCAGGUCACCACCUUCGAGAGAUUCUGGGAGAAGCAGGUGCUUGCCCGCGGCGAGUGCGAGGAGGACGACCUGCCCAGCGUUGGCUCGGUCCUGAUGAACCCUGCGGGCACUUUCGUGGCCACCGCGGGCUUCGCCGGUCUCGAAGUCUUCGCGCUGGGCUACGCCGCGCCGGCGGCAGCGGCGCCGGCGGUCUGA